AUGAAAAUCAUAGCUUGGAAUGUGCAGGGUUGUGGCAACCCUUUCACUCAGAAUCACCUAAAUCAACUAAUCUCUAUAGAUAAACCUGGGAUUUUAUUUCUUUCUGAAACAAAAUAUCAAAAACAUUUAGUUAAAUAUCUACUUAAAGAUUAUCCCAAUACUCAUAUAGUUGACCCAAUUGGAUUAACAGGAGGCUUAGAUUUAGCUUGGGUUGAUGGCUUCUCCUUUGAAAUUGUCCAAUGGAACAUUAAUAUGAUUAAUGUGCUAGGUCAACCCAAUUCUGAGUCCAAAAAAUGGCUUCUAACUUGCUUCUAUGGUAGUCCUUACCUAUCUAACAGAAACAUCGCUUGGGAUUUCCUAACUAAAAUAUCUGAACAAAUAGAUAAACAAUUUUUUCCUUGGAUUCUCUUAGGAGAUUUGAAUAUGAUAUUUAGCCAGGAAGAAAAAUUAGGGGGGUUACCUUUUAAAAAAUCUGGCUGUGAACAUUACCAUAACAUUCUAAGUAACGCAGGGAUAUUAGAUAUAGGUUUUAAAGGUUAUGAAUUCACUUGGAACAAUCAUAGGGAAGGUUCAACUAACAUCCAAGAAAGAUUAGACAUAGUUGUUGUAAAUGCUGAGUGGAAUAUUCAAUUUCCCAAAGCUGAGCUCUCUCACUUUGUGGCUGCAGGUUCAGAUUACAUUUCCGCAACAUUAAGCUUAGAUACAAGCUAUAUCAAACUAGAAUAUACCUUUAAAUUCUAUGAUACUUGCCAAAAAGAAAGCUCUUGUGUCCAAACUAUUAAAGAUACCUGGUUCGAUGCAUUAGGGAUAACCCAAUAA